ACAAACAUUUCUUUGAUUCUUUCACCCAUCGACCAUCCCCUUUUCGCUUUCUCUCUCCUUCAAAAAUUAACGAUUUAGGGUUUUACCUGCAAAUUCUCUCUCUUCGAUUUCCGGAAGAUCUUCCUCUUUCUCACUUUCUCGCUUUCAGAUCGAAGGAAGAUCAAUGGCGCCAUCACUUCCUCAGUUCUACAGUGGCACUAGCACUCUCGCAUUGGUAGCUCGUGCUUCAGCUUUCACCGCUGGAUUGGUCUAUGGCAACAUGAAGCUCAAAGUUCUUAAGAUGAAUGCCAAGUCACAUAAGAAAACUGAAGCUAAGGUCGAGGCUCAGGCAGAAGCCCAUCACUGAUAGUGAGUGGGGGUUAAAUCCUGGGGAAGGAUGCAUAAAAAAGCUCUCGUCAAUUUUUCACUUCACUGAGGCUUUUGUAGACUUUUGAUACUCAAUAGUUGUGCAUGUUCGUAUUUACAAAUUUUUGUGGCUAAAUGACCAUGACAUAAUAACAACAAAUUGGUUUUAGUUGUUCAAAUGAAAACAUCAUCAUGAGAUGAUUUUAUCUACCCUAAUUUUUUUUGAUUAAUAAAAUUUUGAUUUGCAUCAAGGCACUUUUGCUGCC